ACUCUUUGGCUCCGCCGAUGUCACUCCAGGUGUCCACCAAUGAGAGCGCGCGCAGGGCAGCACAAACGGUCGCGUGCGCGUGAGGGAGAGCGCGUUUGACUGCAGACACGGACCGGGAAACACCGUCACUCCACUCACCUCAUUAUUACUAGACAAGUGAUAUAAAUCGGCUCGCGAUGGACGGGUGCGCGCAGAUGUGUAAAUGUUUCCUGAUCCUGUUUAACAUUCUGUUCGCUCUGGUGGGAUUCGGUCUGGCUGCUCUGGGAAUGUGGCUGCGGUUCGGCGCCGAAACCAGAGGAUUCUUCGACAUCGACCUGAACACCAUGCAGUUCAAUAUCGGUGUGAUGGUGCUGGUGGUCACGGGUGUUCUGAUGAUGCUGGUGGCCAUUAUCGGAGACUGCGGCGCAUGUAACCACAGUAAAGGCGCUCUCAGUGUGUUUUCUGGCCUGCUGUCCGUUCUGAUCAUCAUUGAAAUCGUGUCUGUGUAAUGGUGCUGGUUUUAAAGCGGUCGUGUGUUUGUUGAGUUGUAGGUGUCAGAAGAGUUGGCGAACUUCUACGCCACCAUCUACGCUCAGUAUCUGAACACCAGGGAUCCCAGUCAAGCUACAACCCUCAAAUUAUUUCACCAAGCUUUUGACUGUUGUGGUGUCGGCGGACCGAUCGAACUGUUUGUGCGAGACACCUGUCCGGAAGGCGGCUUCAUAAAGCAGCUCUCCUAUUCUAGCUGUCCCAGCGCGAUCGAGGACAUCUUCCAUUCUCACGCGCCAAUGUUGUUGGGAGGGUUUCUGGGGACGGCAGGAAUCAUGACGCUGGCGCUGGUGUGCAGCUCAGUCCUCAGAAGACACGUCUCACAGUCUCACGCAUCUCCUCCUUCAUACGUGCUCCUCACCUCCUCGCCGUCAGUCGUCCUUCCUCCUCCAGCCGCCCAGCAGAUAUAACCAUCUGUCUCUCUCUCUCUCUGUCUGGCAGUUGGUGGCGCUGGUGUGCAGCUGCUUUCUGUUUAAUAAUCUGAAGACGCCGUACUACUCGUCUCCUUCCAUCUACUGAGGCCCGUCUCAGCCUCCGCUCGUCCGUCUGAUGGAGGGAUGAGCGCUUUUAUUGGGAAAAGGUCAAGGGAACCACACCUGUGUGUGUGUAAUUUGUGCAUCAUCUGCAGCUGAACUAAAUGCCUUUAAAUUCCACCUCAGUUCUUCAAUCCAGACUGAGGCCACAAAUAGGAUGUAGAAUACUAAUUCAAGUCAUUAAUUUCACAGAAAUGGAAACUGAUCUGCUAUAGUUUGUAAUGAUUCCUUUGAUUAGCAGCAUGAAUCACCCAUGAACAUGUUCAAACUCCACAUACGAGCUGUUUAUAACGUUACUGCACUAGUGUUACGGAUCGCGGAUGAAUUUGUUGCGCUGUAAUUCACUGUCUGUUACAAUCACGUCCUGAAUAUUUCGUUGUCUUGCUGUACGAUUGAAAACCUUCUUGUUUCAUGUUUGUUUCUUACUGUAAUACAUUAAAGAACCUUCCACCAACCCGUCACGGUCCGGCAUGUUUCGUCAGAGCUGGACGGUCAGAGGUCAGAGGUCAGGAGGAUGGAUCAAACAUGCACUGCUCAUCUUCUGUGAUGGACAGGCAUCAUGACACAAGAAACACGUCUUCAUGUGAUGCUCUGAGAAGAUCACGAUGUUCUCCAGCUGAGAUGAAGCAUAUUUUGUGCUGUUAAAUCUGGUAAGGUUGUAAAAAAAAAAACCUUGCCAAACUUACCAGAUUUGGAGAACAUCAUGAUCUUCUCAGAGCAUCACAAUAAGCCCAAAUGCCCAAAUAAGCAUUUGAAGAAGUGCAGGUUUCAAAUUUAAAAACAUGUAGGGUUAAAAACUUGUUAUAUAUGUGUGUAUGAAUGGAAGAUAAAGAGUAAAUCAACACCACACACGACUGAAUCACAGCGGCACAACAUUUAUACACAUACAUUUAAAGGGAAAGUUUACCCAAAAAUGAAAAUCGUGUCAUUAAUUACUCACUCUCAUUUCUGAAGGAUCUAGAGAUCCUUAAAUGCAGAUUGUGUGUUGCAUCGAGAGAGCAAUCAUGCAUUUGUGUUGUUUUUGUUUUCAUUCAGUUAUAAUCAUUUUUUCAAAUAACCAUGUAAUCUUUUAUAAUCGUUAUUCAUUCACCUUUUAUAUAAUUUAUCAUUUGAUCAUUUUUGUAUGUUUACAUAAUUGUAAUUAUUUUAUCAUUUAUUCACUGUUUUAUUAUACUUGUUGAUUAUGCAUUUCCAUUAUUGCUCAGUCUCAUGAUUGUGGGGUUUUAUGAACCGUUUUGUCUGUGUGAAUAAGAGAUAAGAGAAAAUGUUUAUGGAAACUCAAGGUUUAUGGGAUGUUGUGGUACAUCAGUUUGGAAAAACCCUACUUGUUGAAUUUGUGUUCAUCAGACACAGUUUGAGCACUAAAACUUACGCAACUAAGAUUCUUCAGUAAACUUUUUAUCAUCAUCACUUUUU